CCAGCUCCGCAUCCGACCUGACGCCGCCCCAGCGAACGAGUCAAAACCUGCGUCCCUUCCCGCACCGGGGCUCCACAGGCAGACGCAGCGACACCAGCCGACACCUCCCCUCCGCGCGCUCCCCUUCGCCCCCACCCUCUUCGCCACCGGUCAGGCGGUCACCCCAUCCUCCCCGCAGAACCCAACUCGAGAGAUCCCCAAAGACACCAGCGCCGAGAGGAGGCGAUGGAGCUGUUCGCGCGGGCGAAGGUGGUGCGGCUCAAGAGCCACCACGACAAGUUCCUCUACGCGGACGAGGACGAGCACCACGUCACGCAGGACCGGAACGGCGCCUCGCCCAACGCGCGGUGGACCGUCGAGAUCGUGCCGCACUCGCCCGGGGUGCUGCGGCUGCGGAGCCGGUACGGGAGGUACCUCACGGCGUCCAACGAGCCGUUCCUCCUCGGCAUGACGGGCCGGAAGGUGCUGCAGACGGCGCCCGCGCGGCCGGACUCGACGGUGGAGUGGGAGCCCGUGCGGGACGGGUUCCAGGCGCGCCUCAAGACGCGGCAGGGCCACUUCCUGCGCGCCAACGGGGGGCUCCCGCCCUGGCGGAACUCCGUCACGCACGACGUGCCGCACCGCACGGCGACCCAGGACUGGGUGCUCUGGGACGUCGAGAUCGUGCAGGUGCUCACGCCGGGGCCCGAACGCGCGGACUCCGCCCCAGCAUCGUCGAUGCCGGCCUCGCCGCCUGCUCCGGUGCUCAGGCCGCCGCUGCACGGGGUACACCACCGGCCCUCCAACUCGUACGCCGCGGAGCCGACCCCGCCGCCGCCUGAGCCCGAGGCCCGGCCGGAGCGCAAGUUCUCCAAGCUCCAGUCAUCCGAUUCUUUCUCAGCCCCAUUGCACAAGGUGGAGGGGCGUGCAAUCCACUACCGCAUUGCAGAUGAUAUGGGCAACGUGGAUGAUGACAGAGAGGGAGACUUGUUUAUAUUUAAUGGCAGCAACUUGAAGGAGCUAACCCACAAGUUACAGGAGGAGGCAGGCCUCGAUGACAUAAUCAUAUGCACACGCAGCCCUAUCAAUGGGAAGCUCACUCCUCUCCACCUGCAGCUGCCACCAAAUAAUGCAGCGAUGCAUAUUGUGCUCGUCCAGGAGUCCUCAAAAGUGGUGAAAACAUUUCCAUGGCCAUAUGGUUCAUAAUUUUCGUGAAGACGGUGCCUUGAGUGGAUUGUGCAUAUGUUCCGCAUACACUGUCCGUUUACGCCAGCUCUGCAGUUGUAUUGGGUGUCAGAAGCAAGUGCUGUUCUCUUGUGCUUCCAGGGAUCUCAUUCUUGUACAUGUAACAAAGUGCUAUAGUAGAUUGAUCGUGCGAAAUCUGAAGAGAUAUUUAUAGUUGAGAUUUUGACCUUGAAUCUUAUAUCCUUGAUUUAUUAAUUCUCGAAGAUAAUUUCCUAUUCCAGCAGACUCACCAUCAGCAGGCUCAUUCUUUCCCCAGUUGUAUUCUGUCAGCAUAUAUAUUCUCGUAUUAAUAUAUUACGAACCAUCUGACAUUGACUUU